CUGACGUCAGAACACAUAUAAAUUUAAAACUCAACCUAGCAACUUUGUUUUCUCUAUUUAUCAGGGUUUUUGGUCAUUUCCGAAUUAUUCCACUAUUUUUGAGAAAAUUCAAACUAGUAGUAAUAUAGACGAAUUUUAGUAGUUUAAAAGUACCUGAUCAACACCUCUACCUGUUUUGUGUAAUUUGGUCUCACAUGUAGUGAACAACUAAAUGUAAGAAUAUACUUAUUUAACCCCGGAAAAAUGUAGGUCUGUUUAUAACCUGAAUAUAUUCGUUGGUGUAGUUUUCUAUUUUUAGUUGUCUGACUAGUUUAUUUUUCAUUUCUAUUUUAUGGAAGACCAGCAUGGAGGCAAUAUUUCAUGAAAAACUUUUUACAGCAAGAUGGGUCUCUUUGUGCCCAACAUUGCCUGAAUUCCUUACUGCAAGGAUCUUACUUCACGGCUGUGGAUCUGGGCACCCUGGCCAACAGAUUGGAUGAGGAAGAGCGUCAGCGUAUGGCAGAAAGUGGUCUAGAUACAGAAGACUAUCGCAAGUUUCUCCAACAACCUUCCUCAAAUAUGGAUGACAGUGGUUACUUUUCUGUGCAAGUAAUAAGUAGUGCUCUGCAAGUUUGGGGACUUGAUUUAGUGCCUUACUGUAGUACAGAUGAUAGAGCUAAAACAGCCCUAGAAAAUCCUAGUGCAAUGCAAGCUUUUAUAUGCAAUUACAAAGAUCAUUGGUUCUCUAUAAGGAAAAUUGGAAAUCAAUGGGUCAAUCUGAAUUCUUUACUGUCCAAGCCUGAACUUAUAUCCGAUACAUAUUUGGCUCUGUUUCUAGCACAAUUGAAAAAUGAUGGAUACUCAAUAUUCAUAGUUUUCGGUGAUCUACCUGAUUGUCCUGCAGAUGAAAUACUUAAAAAUAACCCCAUUGAGGUAAUACCUAGACAACAUUUGCAACCAACAAUAUCCAGUGAAAGUGAUCCAGAUAUGCAAGCAGCGCUUAGGUUAAGUUUGCAGGAUGAAGCUCUUAUAGAACCUUUAACCGAUAGUCCAGAUGUUGAUGAUGGGGACCUACAAGAAGCCCUAAGGCUUAGCUUGCAAGGCACGAAUAGCACCGAUGAUGAGGAUGAAGAUUCCCUUUUGAAGAAAGCUAUCAGUAUGAGCCUUCAAUGUUAGUGAUGAAAAGAUGCAGACCUUUAAAUAAUGAAUUUCUGGAUGGAUUUAUUGGUCAAGAAAAUACUUGUUAGUUUGUUUACUUGUUAUUUAAUGUCAUUGAGGCAACUGUCCUUAUUACUUACCUUAAAAAAGAAGUGUUCAUUUUUAGAACUAACUUAUUGCAUUGAAAAAAUAUUCGUCUCAAGUAAAUAGUCUCAAAUUUCGUAGAACCUAAAUAAUUGCCUGGGAAUACUUUUUUAAAGGUUUUUUCAUCACUGCCAUUAUUUUUGUAUUUAUUUAUUAUUGAUAAUUGUGA